CAUUCCCACGCAUAUACGCCACCUCCCUCCCUCAAACACACACACAGUUAUAUUGCUUGUAAAGGCACACUGUCACUGAAUCAUUCACUAACAUCAUGACUGGAAGAGUUGUUUUUCUGGGACUUCUGGGACUUCUGCUCCUCUGCGUGGCUGCAGAUCCCGAGAACUCUGGACUCAUGAGAAAGGCUUCAUGUCCUGAUGACAUGGCGGAGAUUGCAGCCUGCCCUAUGAACUUCGCUCCGGUGUGUGGCAGUGAUGGAAACACCUAUCCCAACGAGUGUGCCCUGUGUGUCCAGAAACAGAAAAUCAAGAUGGACAUUUUGGUUGCCAAAGAGGAUGGCUGCUAACGUGCAUAGGGGAUGACGUCACCACCAAUGACUAAACAGGAUCUGAUGAUUUACCCAACACGGAUCUUUAAAAUGAUGACAGUUGGAUCCCAAAUAAAUGGUUUCAUGGUGUGAGAUCAUUAAAGUCUAUCAUAUCUUAUCUCUGUCUUGUCCUAUUACAAUGAGUAAUAAAUGUCAACAAGCAGCAAA